CCUGCCUGAUGUGCACAAGAAGCUGCCGUCCAGUGCUGGAGAGGACAGAGCCAUGUUGCUGGGGUUUGCUAUGAUGGGCUUCUCAGUCCUCAUGUUCUUCUUGCUUGGAAUUACCAUCCUAAAGCCUUUCAUGCUUAGCACUCAGAGAGAAGAGUCGAACUGCACUACCAUCCGCACACACAUCAUGGAUGACUGGCUGGACUGUGUUUUCACCUGUGGUGUGGACUGCAGAGGUCAGGGCAAGUACCCCUGUCUUCAGGUAUUUGUGAACCUCACCCACUCAGGUCAGAAAGCUCUCCUACAUUAUAAUGAAGAGGCUGCCCAGAUAAAUUCCGAGUGCUUUUACACGCCCAAGUGCCACCGGGAUGGGAAUGAUUUGCUCAACAGUGCUCGGGACAUAAAGGAAUUCUUCGAUCACAAAAACGGGACCCCCUUUCUGUGCUUCUACAGCCCAGACAGCCAAUCUGAAGACGUCGUUCUCACUAAAAAGUAUGACCAAAUGGUUAUCUUCCACUGUUUAUUUUGGCCUUCACUGACUCUGGUAGGUGGUGUCCUGAUCAUUGGCAUGGUGAGAUUAACACAGCACUUGUCCCUACUGUGUGAAAAAAUACAGCCCUGCAGUCAGAGAUGAGGUAGGUGGCAAAGCACUCCUUACAGAGCAACACCAACUCAAACUGUGGAGUUCAGGGAGAAGCAGUGGAAG